UAAUAAUUUUAAAAAAGAUCGACAUCUAAAAACAAAAACAUUUUUAUUAACGGUUUGAAUUGGUUCGAUUCCGACCUUAGGCACUGGUAAACGGAAGUACAGCAGACCCGAUAGAGGUCUCUUUUGAAACUAGCUUACUUUAUAGAAAUUAAAAAAUUUCUUUCGGUUUUGAAAGGUUUUAUGUUAUUUGUCUGAUUCUCUUUAAUUUUAUGGAUAUUUUUUAAAUUUAUAAGUAUUUUCAUAUUAAGCAUUAAAGGGUUAUUAAUAUCGUAGUCAAUAGUCAGUCGAUUUUUAGCCGUCGUUGAAAAUUUUAGUGUCAACCUUUGCCGCCGUUAAUGUUUGUCGGCCCAAAUCUUUUAUAGUGAUAGCACGCGUGUUUACAUAUUCUUAUCACAAACUGCAAAGUAGUAAAAAAAUAUAACAAAAGUAAUAAUUAAAAAUAUAAACAAUAUAAAUAAAAGCACCAAACAAAUUAAAUUAGAAUUUAAAACGUGGAGCAGGCCGAACGUAUUUAUCUGAGAGCGGAAAAUGCCCAUCACACAAGAUUUACAGUCACCGACUAGUGAAAUGGUGUUACUAACACCUAACACUGAAAAUCCACCAAAUAUAAUUGCGACAACUGCAAAUGAUCACAAUAAACGCGGUGGCUCCGAGGAGUCCAACAACAGUCGAGUACAAAUGAAAAAACAAUUGGGUCUGCUUGAGGGUGUCGCCAUUAUUUUGGGCAUUAUAUUCGGUUCCGGUAUUUUUAUAUCUCCCAAAGGUGUUAUCAAUGAGGUGGAAGCUGUUGGCACUUCUCUUAUAAUAUGGGUGCUUUGUGGCCUACUGUCCAUGAUUGGUGCUCUGUGCUAUGCUGAAUUGGGCACUUCGAUACCCAAGUCGGGUGGUGAUUAUGCAUAUAUCUUGGAAGCUUAUGGUUCAUUGCCUGCAUUUCUUUAUCUUUGGGAUGCUAUGAUGAUUUUUGUACCUACAACAAAUGCCAUUAUGGGCUUAACCUUUGCCUCAUACGUUCUACAGCCCUUCUACGAGGGAAGCUGUGAAAUACCCACAGCGGCUAAACAAAUGUUAGCAGCCAUAACAAUAUGCUUCCUAACGUACUUAAAUUCGUUCUACAUGAAAGUCACCACAAAAAUGCAAAAUAUUAUAAUGUUCACCAAAAUAGCCGCCUUAGUUAUGAUUAUAGUUAUCGGUUUAGUAUGGAUGUUUUUGGGACAUUAUGAAAAUUUCACUGAUGCCUUUGCAAAUACACAGACUGAUCCUGGCAAAUUAUCGGUGGCCUUUUAUUCAGGCAUUUUCUCAUAUGCCGGUUGGAAUUAUUUGAAUUUUAUGACUGAAGAACUUAGAGAUCCCUAUCGCAAUUUACCACGUGCUAUUUACAUAUCAUUGCCUUUAGUGACGAUUAUUUAUGUUUUGGCAAAUAUGGCCUAUUUGGCUGUUUUAAGUGCCGCCGAAAUGCAAGCUUCUGAUGCUAUAGCUGUAACAUUUGGCAAUAAAAUUCUGGGCGCCUGGUCUCUUAUCAUACCGAUUAUGGUUGCUAUAUCAGCUUUUGGCGGUCUUUCUGUGCAUAUUAUGACUUCAUCUCGUAUGUGUUUUGUGGGUGCCCGUAAUGGUCAUAUGCCCGCCAUAUUGUCUCAUAUUAGUGUUAAACACUUUACACCCCUGCCCUCUUUAGUAUUUUUGUGUGCUCUAUCAAUUAUUAUGUUGGUUUGUAGUGAUGUCUAUGUACUCAUCACCUACAGCAGUAUAGUGGAAUCAUUUUUCAUUAUGUUGUCAGUUUCGGCUGUAUUAUAUUUCCGUUAUACCCGACCCAAUAUGGAGAGACCCAUUAAGGUUUCUAUGUGGAUACCAAUAGCUUUUGUUAUUAUUUGUGCCUUUUUGGUGGUAGUGCCGAUCUAUGUAGCACCCUAUGAAGUAGGUAUGGGUGUUUUAAUCACCGUUAUUGGUAUACCCUUUUAUUAUGUGGGUGUUGUGUGGAAAUCUAAACCUCAAUGGCUGUUGAACUUAAUAAGUAAGUAGAAUGGAGAAAUUUAA